CAAGUGUAUACAUAUAAUAUAUAACGAACCCUCCUUUUUAUUUCUACCAAGCAAUAAGCCAUAACUUCCUUCAGCUUCAUCUUUUUCCUCUAACUUUCUAAAUGACGAGUGGAUUCGAGGAGAUCUUAGUUUGAAUAUGAUUAAUAAUUUGCCAACCCCAGUUGUUGAAAUUUCAAUUUUGAAAGGAUUACAUGGAUAGAGUUAAAAUUAAAGAACGUUGACAUGAAUGGAGAUUUAAUAUUUUGUUUGUUGAAUUAUAUUGGUGAUGAGCUAAUUGAGCAUUUGAUGUAUGUGUUUACAAGAUAUGGGUAGAAGAUCUGAGUUUAUGCAGCUGAACCGGUAACUUGUGUUGUAUAAUUUUGCAUAUGGUUCUUGUCAUUCUAGAUUUAUGGGUUAAGUUUGGUGGUAGGUUUCUUGUCGUUGUGAAUAAUAUCGCGGGAUCAAAUUGAUCCUGUGCCAAGAUCAAGAUUGGGGAUUAGGGGAUUGGGAUCAUUUGGGAGGAUUAGAUGAAAAGGUAAAAGAGAAACGUGGGUAACAAUUACUUUAGAUGUUAAAGUUUCAAGGGAGGUUUUGGGAUGUAAUAUCAGAUAGCGGGGUUCGGGAGUUCGGACUUUGGAGUUUGGGGUGCUUAUCCAGGUUAAUUUGUAUGGCUAAGAAUUGUGAUUCUGUUGAAGACUUGAUUUUCCUUUUUCUGUUUUUUGUAUGUUUUGCUUUCUUCACAGCCUCUGUGUUUUCGUAUCUGUAUUUCUGUGAGAAUUUUCCAUUUAACACAUCACGCAAUACAACAAUUAUGUGAACGGAUGAAUGGACCCUUUUGGGUUUUAGUUCAACUGCUGUUCAGCACCGAUUUUGCUGUGCCUUUAUUGAAACUUAUCUUCUAUGAACAAUCUGUUGGUUUGACAGUUGAUAAUUCUAGUUAGCAUGAUUUUGGGAAAUGUGUCAGAUAAAGUGUUUCCUUCUUGUUCAGAUCAUGAAUACUCUGCCUUUAAUUUGUUAAGAACAAUGUGUUUAAUACAAAUUCUUCUUUUAAAAAAUACCCUGCCUUUAAUUUGUUAAGAAUUCAGAAUUAAAGUUCAGGUUUCUUGUAGUUUGUCUCUUUUUUUUUUUGUUCAUAUUGUUUUUAUUGUGUUUAUAUUUGGAUAAUUGUUUAUCCUUUCUUUCUUCACCCAUAGCCCCUGGUGUGGUCUCAGAAUUUUGCUUUAAGUCUGAUGCAGAAGCUGUUCAUUCUCUCUUAGGACCUUAACUUCAGCGACCAACGGAAUUUCAAUUACUUGAUAUCUUUGACUUUUGUUGUGGAUAGGUAGCAGGUUGGCUGAGGAAGUUUGGCAUACAAAUAGGAAUGGUUCUUGAAACUAUUUUAUCGCCUCAUCGGAGGUCAGCAUCAUUCAAGAAGCAGUUUCCUCGAGAUGAAUUGGGUAGCUGGUCUACACUCCUCCAGCGGCAUCGUUUCCUUUUGACAGCAUUGGUUCUCUUGGUUUUUCUCUGUACUGUUUAUCUCUAUUUCGCUGUCACUCUAGGUGCCACAGGAUCAUGCACCAGAUUAACUGGGGCAGAGAGAGCUCAGUGUCAAUUAGAGCAUGUGAAGUCCUCUCUUUCCAAGGGCAAACUUAAGCUUACCUAACAUAUACAUCACAACCCAACAUAUAUUGUUUUGUAUGCUAAUUUCCAGUUCUAAGAGGGUUGGGAAUUUAAGAAUGUUACGUAGUUACAGUAAAUUAUUGCUUCAACUUGAUGCUGUACUUGUAUAUUGAUUGAUUGUAUGAGAAUUGGCUUUGGAAGGUAUGUUACUUAUAUUAAUUAUUAUUUUUCAUCAA